UUACCUACAAACACAAACCGUCCUUAAAUAUAAAUGAGGAGACGUUAGGGAGUCGAUUGGUGUUAUCGGUUUUGAGUUUUAUUUCAUUGUGUUAGACACUGAGAGACUCUGAAGGGUUCAGGCAGCGUGGAUCAUCAAGCAUUGUUUGUUUACAUGGUGAAACAGCUGACAAGCUAACGUUAGCCACCUAGCUUGGUAAAAAUCGAGUCAUAUGAGCUGUUAAUUAUCCAAUAGCUUGGCCCACGUGAAUGCAGCUCAACAAUAGUGGAAACGGUGACGUACGUGUGCAUUGUUGAACUGUUGUCUGAGGUCGCGGUGAGCCGUUGAAAGUGUAAUAAUGCGAAGCUAACGUUAAAUGUGUCGCGCUUUAGCAACGUUUUCCAGGCGGCUUAGGUUGUUUGGUCGCCGAGCCUGAGGUCAUUUUUAAAGGCCUCGCGGUGUCUUCAUGUCAAGAUGCCUUGCUCCUGUGGGAACUGGAGAAGAUGGAUUCGACCGCUGGUCGCUGUGCUGUAUGUUUUGUUGCUGUUAGUCGUCCUGCCACUGUGCAUCUGGGAACUGCAGAAUUCAGAGGUUGGCACGCAUAAUAAAGCAUGGUUUAUCGCUGGGAUAUUUGUCUUCAUGACCAUACCCAUAUCAUUAUGGGGCAUUCUCCAGCAUCUGGUUCACUACACUCAGCCAGAGCUUCAGAAACCUAUCAUCAGGAUAUUAUGGAUGGUCCCAAUCUACAGCUUGGACAGUUGGAUUGCACUGAAAUACCCCAGAAUAGCAAUUUAUGUGGACACAUGCAGAGAGUGCUAUGAGGCCUAUGUCAUCUACAACUUCAUGACCUUCUUGCUUAACUACCUGGAAAAUCAGUACCCCAGCCUGGUGUUGAUGCUGGAGGUUCAGGAGCAGCAGAAACACCUGCCUCCUCUCUGCUGCUGCCCGCCCUGGCCAAUGGGAGAGGUUUUACUGUUGAGAUGCAAAUUGGGAGUGUUGCAGUACACAGUUGUAAGACCUGUCACAACAGUUAUUGCAUUGAUCUGUCAGAUGUGUAAAGUGUACGAUGAAGGAAAUUUCAGUUCAACAAAUGCAUGGACGUACCUGGUCAUCUUCAACAACAUGUCACAACUGUUUGCCAUGUACUGCCUAGUGCUGUUCUACAGGGCCCUGAGAGAGGAGCUGAGUCCCAUCAAACCAGUGGGCAAAUUCCUGUGUGUCAAAAUGGUGGUGUUCGUCUCUUUCUGGCAAGCUGUGUUCAUUGCUUUACUGGUGAAAGUGGGCAUUAUCUCGGAAAAACGUACAUGGGACUGGCAAAGUGUGGAGGCUGUUGCUACUGGCUUACAGGAUUUCAUCAUAUGUGUGGAGAUGUUUCUGGCAGCCAUUGCCCAUCACUUCAGCUUCACCUACAAGCCUUACAUCCAGGAGGCUGAGGAGGGCUCUUGCUUUGACUCUUUCAUGGCGAUGUGGGACAUCUCUGAUGUCAGAGCAGACAUUUCUGAACAAGUUCGCAAUGUUGGGAGAACAGUUAUGGGUCGUCCAAGGAAGUCUUACUUCAGCGAGGCGCAGAAUGAUGGUGAGCGAUCUGGCUUGCUCUCAUCAGGCUCCCAAGAUGCCAUCACCGAGGCGGCAUCCAACCCAGUGUCACCCAAUGGUCAGUAUCAGGGCCUGGGGAGAACCCUCACACCACACUCUUUGUCAGCUCCUGCUGGGCUCAGCUCAAACCUGUGGGAUGAAGGAUAUGAGGCUAGACCUGAAGAAACCAAGGAAGAAGAAAGGACCCACCAAACCAAAGAACCAACAGAGGCAGAUCUCAUCGUGAUCACCUAGCCAAUCAUCAAGGCUGAUAUCACCAACAGACUCUACCAGACAUCGCCAUUUUCUUUCAGAAAUUACUUUACUGAUGAAAUAUUAAACAAAACCUUUGUUUAAAGGGGCACAUCCACCAAGUAAAAAACCAGAUGGACCUCUCUGCCAGUGACAGCUCCAAGAAUGUUCUGUGAAGUUAUGGCUAUAUGACUAAAUGAUUUGUAGAUAACAAGCAUUAGCACAACUUUCUUCAAAGAACCCAGUCUUUGUGUUGCGUUUCUUAAGGUGAGUCUACUUGAAACCUGCUUAAGUCUGAGUGAAGCAUGAAGAUGUACAGUGGGGUCCAAAAGUUUGAGACCACUAGUCAAGAUACUUCUAAUGUGCAUUUGUUUUGAAUGUAAUAUGAAUUUUUUUCAUUACAAAUGAUAAUAUUAGCCUAACAAUUUGCGUGAAAAGUAGAAUCUUUAAAAAAUGUACAUGUAUUUCAGAAUCUCUUAGUAUUUGGUAUGUCGCCCUUUUUGCUUUAAUGACAGCAUGCACUCGAGCUGGCAUGGAGUCCACAAGUUUGUGCAAAACCUGGUGAUCCACAUUAUUCUAGCAUGAUUUGACCAUGUUUCAGAGAGCUCCUUGUGGCGUCAGAGAAUGGUUGGCUUUCUCAGUCUUCAAGUGUCCCCACAAAUGUUUGAUGGGGUUGAGGUCAGGUGACUGUGGAGGAAAGUCCACGAUAGUCAGGACUCCUUGGUCUCAAGUAGUUCUUGCAAAGCUUUGAGGUGUGUCUGGGGUCCUUAUCCUGCUGCAGUAUGAAUCCUUCUCAACAAAGAUGCAAACCACAGGGGUAUAGCAUGUCCCUGAAGAAUGGAGUGGUACGUCUCCUUGGUCAGGGUGUAGUCAGUUCGGUGCAGGUGUCCAACUCCAGAGUGGGCAAAACACCCCCAGACUUGAAAAUUCCCACCACCAUGUUUCACUGUCAGUUUAAUACACAGCAGUACCCUUUUCUCUCCUUACACACACCCUUCUGUUACUGCCAUAAAUCUCAAACCUGGACUCAUUGGUAAAUGGGACUAUUUUCCAGUCAUCCACUGUGAAAUGCUUCUAUUUCUUAACCAACCACAAGCAUUUGGCCUUGUUUCCCCUCCUGAGAAGUGGUUUAGAAACUGUUAGUUGUCCUCUGAGGCCACUACAAGACAGCAUUUGUUUUGACAGUACUUUUGCUGAUUAGUCUUUUGUUCUUUAUUUAGCAAAUUCUGUAUCUGUGAUGAAGUUGCUUUUCUAUCACCCAGGGAACUAAGCUUGAUGUCUUGAUCUUCUGAUGGUGUAGGAGCUUUUGGUCUGCCUGAUUGUGAUUUUUUUUUUUUUUUUUUUUUUAAAGAGUUUCAUGCACUGCCCCCUUAGAAACCUGUAGUUUAGCCACGAUUUGAUGCUGAUUUGACACUUUCACUUAGUUCUGAUGCCAUAUGUCCCACUGUGACAAUGUAACUUGAGUUACUUGAACAAGCCUCUGAUUAUUAUAUCGAAUCCACCUGAGUGUCAUCUGAACCCAAGCUUCAAUGGAAGGGAUACACCUCAACUGACCUUUCUUACAAAGGAGUUAAGUUGGUCAAUUUCCUAAAUUUGCUUAAAUUUGAUUGUUGACCUAGGAAUAGUGCAAAAACUUUAUUUCUUUUAUAAUAUUUUGUAUAAUAUUUCUUUUUCAUUUUACAUGAAAUAACUUAUUGUGUUUUUAAAUGUUUCUGAAUCCUCAAACUUUGAUUAUUUCCAGGUUUACUUUUCAAUGUGGUCUCAGACUUUUGGUCCCCAGAGUAUGCUUUCCAAGUAGGAAAUUAUUACACGAUUUUAUGUGUCAGCUCAGUCAUAUCUCAAUCUCAAAUGUGACAGAUAAAAAGAAAUAUGCAACUUUUAAAAUACAAAUGCUAUCUUCACAUUGUCUUGCUUUAUAGUGAUAUCAGAAGAUCUCGAUUGAAGUGAGUAAUCAUAGAUGAAAAUCUACUAUACUAAAGCACAUUAGAUGUUCAGAAUCAUCUUUUUUGGUCCUAACCAGUAGGAGAUAUGUAUCCCUGAGGGAAGGGAUGAAAAAAGCAGAAGCAACAAGUUGUUGGGAUGCACAAUUAAGGCUACAUUAACUUGGGAUCAGUAGGUUAGAGCUAAUACCUGCUGAAAGAUGUGUCUUGACUGACAGUGUAAGAUCUCUACAGUGUCAAUAUUAAUGCAAUGUAUUUCCUAAGGGUUUGAGUAGUUACUGUAAGUACAGUCCAAGUAUUGAAACACUUCAGUCUGAAUCUGUUCAAUCAGCACAUUCUAGUAAAUUGCUAUCAAUUGCUAUCAUUCUAUAGUGUUUAAUAGAAAUGUAUUCAUUAGUCUUCUCAGAUGCCUUGUUCAACGUGCCAUGGAACUAUUCUGUCCACUACAUCAAUUUAGCUUUUAUAUUCCAGUAUAAAUUUUAUUUGACGAGACGUUUUCCAUCCUUUUUACCCUUUAAACUAAUUUAACUGUGCAGCUAAGCACUAAAGCCAUUUAUUUUUCCCAUAGAUUUCCUGAGCUUAUUUGUCAUUGUAACCUACAUGGAUAUGUGCAGGGAUAUUGACAUGUUUAAUGCACAGUAUAGGAUAUCAGGUUGAUGUGUCAGUAAAUCAUAUCAGCAGGUUAAUCUGCAUUAUGUCCAGCCAGAACAUGUAGAAUUGACUUGUGAUUUUUUUUUUUUUUUUUUUUUAAACUGACAAGAUUACAUCAGAGCUGAUGUAAUUGUUCCACAUUUUAAUUUAAAUCCAUCUCUGACAGUCUUUUCAAUAAAUCAGAUUAACUACAUUUCCGCUGAUUUUUCUCUUGCAUUUAUUGAAAUGCACCCAUUAUUGUCUUUUUAAUUGAUACCCACAUACAUCUUUA